AUGCAACUCCUCCAAAGCCUCCUCGCCCUCGCCACCCUCCUCCUCCCCCUCGUCUCAGCAGAAGCUUGCGUAGCAGGUGGUCCCUCGGAACAAGUCUCCUUCGCAAAAGGCUGCUGUUUCAACAACGCCGGAACAUGGUAUCAAUUCUAUGAUGUUCAAGCUAUUUGCAUAUUCCCCGACGACCGCGCAACAUCCUACAAACACUGCGUAGGCUACAUCCCCUACUCGCAGCUGGACACGGUGUGCAUCCCCGGCGACGGCGGCGUGGGUUUGCCGUCUGGGAGUGCGACCUUGACUGCGACUGGGACGGGGCGGGUUACGUUUACGGCGGGGGCUGCUGUUAGUACUUUUACUAGCUAG